GUCUCUCUCUCUCUCUCUCCUCUAGAUGUUUGGUAUCAUGAAGCAGCACUCUUCUACCCUGCUGAGCGGAAUGAAGAAGCAGGCAGAUAAAGACCAGACCAUCGAAGUGAAGGAGUUCUUUGGGCCCUACAGUAUGGACGUGGUCACCAGCACAGCCUUCAGUGUGGACAUUGACUCUCUGAACAACCCUUCAGACCCCUUCGUCUCCAACGUCAAGAAGAUGCUCAAGUUUGACCUGUUCAACCCACUGUUCCUCCUAGUCGGUGAGACCACACACACACACACACACAAAUGCACACACACACGCGGACGCAAAGUUGCUCCUAUCCAGUACGAAGCUCUGAUGCAGAGGGGACUAUUUGGACUGUGUGUUGAACGAGUCUCUGAGACUGUACCCGUCUCCCGCGAACUGGGAGAGGAGAUCUGGUCCGACCCUGAGGAGUUCAAACCAGAGAGGUUCAGUAAGGAGAACAAGGAGUCUAUUGAUCCGUACACGUACAUGCCGUUUGGAGCGGGGCCCAGGAACUGUAUCGGGAUGCGCUUCGCCCUGAUCAUGAUCAAACUGGCCAUGGUCGAGAUCCUCCAGAGUUUCACUUUCUCCGUCUGCGACGAGACCGAGAUCCCGUUGGAGAUGGACAUCCAGGGUCUGCUGAUGCCAAAACGACCAAUCAAACUGAGGCUGGAGCCCCGUAGCAACACCCCUAGCAACACCACCGCCACCUCUCCAACAACAUGACCGAAUGCAGGAGCACCCUACCCUGGAGUACCCUUCUCUCUCUCUCUCUCUCUCUCCCCCUCUCUCCCCCCUACACACAAAAGGGCUAUACUACAGACAGA